AUGACGGCGGCGUUAUUUGAGGGUGAAAAGGCUUGCUCAUACAAGCACCUUUCUUCCUCUGCGGGGAAUAACAUGCGGACACUUCUGUACUUUCUCGUCGCCGCCUUCUUCGUCAUCUUCGUUUCCGACGCCUACAUCCUCGUCCCUCGUCGAUGUGCGUCAGCAGAGGGCCAUCAACACCAUGAUCACCAUCAUCACCAACAGCAAGGUCAUGAGAUGUCACCGGUUGACCAGCUCUUUGACCCUGUCCCUUCGAAACUAAUCAGUCAAUACGAUCCUGGUCGCAUGCCGGCCUUUGCGCGGCCCGCAGUGGACGUGCCACCGCUGCCCGCACCGGCGCCGCUCGAACGCCGCGGGUCGGCGCUGGCCGAAUACGACCCCUCGCGACUCGGGCCAGCUGGACGAGCAUUCAUGGCCGGCUGCGGGUCGCCCGAGGACUGCGGCCGCCGCUUCUCCAACUACCUGGGCGUCCUGCUCAACAUGAUGGCCAACGGGCGGCGGCGCUGAUUCAAAAACAUGCCUUUCCACAAAUAAUGACGCUGCACCGAUGAUGAUUAUUCCGACUCCUCGCAUUCGCCGAAAUGUCAAUUGCUUAUAUAAAUUUCAGCCCCAAAAAAAAGAUGAGAGAGAGAAAUGAGACUAUUGUUGUUUUCGGUUUUGCUCUCUUUUCUUUUUACUUUCCCCGCCCGUUUUGUCUGACGUAUUUGCGUGCAAGCACAGACCCGGGAGGAAAUGAGAAGGAGAAGGAAAGAAAACUACGAACUGCAAUGCUGC